ACGCGAUUGCCACGACUGCAUUGACGUUCCCCAAAUUUUAUUCUUUCCACCACCAACGUUCUCGACAUCCUCGUUCUUUCCCCAUCAUUUUCUACCUUGACUGUUAGCGGGAAGACCCCUAUUGCUGCGAUAUGUUCUCAGAAGAACUCAAAGCGUUUCAGCGGUUAGGCUUUCGCCAUGUACUACUACAAGUUUUGAACUUCGCAUCCGUCAUAGCGUCUGGAUUAAUGAUUUGGAAAGGACUGGGGCUUAUCACGAACACAGAAUCUCCAAUCGUGGUGGUCCUGAGUGGAUCCAUGGAACCCGCGUUCUACCGGGGCGACCUUCUCUUCUUGACUAACCCUCUGACUGAACGAUAUCACACCGGAGAUAUCACUGUCUACAAAAUCCCUGGUGCAGAAAUUCCUAUUGUCCAUCGUGUGCUCGAAACGCAUGACAUUUCCACCACGAUGAAGAUACCUGGUCUCACACAGAAACAGCCCGGAGAUCAAUUAUUGCUUACCAAGGGAGACAACAACCAGGUGGACGACAUCGAGCUAUAUCAAGGGUUGGAUUGGUUAGAGCGGCGCCAUAUAGUGGGCAAAGUUCGGGGUUUCUUACCGUAUAUUGGUUAUGUUACUAUCGCAAUGAACGACUUCCCACAGUUGAAGUACGCGCUUUUGGGCGGCCUAGGUCUUUUGGCACUCAUUCAACGAGAGUGAAGCGUCGAGAACAUUACAUGCUGUUUUCAGUAGCUUGUAUAACAAUUACAAAAUCUUAAUCGACACACAUUCUCGCACAUUUCAAAA